AUGGGCCAAACCAACAGUGCGAGAAGAAGCUCGAAGCGGAAGCGGGAGCGGGAAUCCGAAGACGAAAACGAGGUUUGCAAGGUUCUCGUCGUCCAAGACCCAAACAAAGACGGUAAUGUUUUCACCGCACUCACAGAUCAAAUAGAAAUGUUGAACGAUGGGUGCCAAUGGAGUUGCGAAGGGUCUUGUCCAAGUGAUUUUGAUUACGAAUACUAUUAUAGUUACAAAGCGGCCCCAGAUUGCCCGGUUACGAAAGAGUUGAACGUUAGGGCCGGUGCACGAAAUCCUUUUCCACGAUACAGUUAUAAUUGCAUGGUGCCUCCAGGUUGCCCAGUUAUGAAAGAGGUGCAGAGAUGCUUACAUGACAUGUCAAUACUCAUAACAUCCUAUGAAGGUACGCAUAACCAUCCACUUCCUGUCGGUGCAAUUACUGCCAUGGCUUCCACGGCUCUUUCAGAUGGAACCUCCAGUGUCACCCAAGCAUACCAACCUUACCAUGCUUCUUAUCUGAUUAACCAGUCUUCUCAUCCACCAAACAUUAGAAGCAUAAACCCUAACGACCCUUCCAAAGGAAUUGUUGUUGACCUUACAAGUUACGAUCCCCCUCAAUUCCCAAUGGCCAAAUCACCAGUGCGAGACCAAGACCAAAACCAUGCUCCCAAGAUUUUCGUCGGCAAAGACUCAAAGAAAGACGUCCAAUCAAACCCAACCACAGCAAGUACCUCCUUUUCCAGACCUCAUUGGAAUUACGAGGUCUUCCUAAGUUUUAGAGGUGAAGACACCCGCAGGAACUUUACCGACCACCUCUAUUACGCCUUGGUGCGAGUUGGAAUUCGUACCUUCCGAGAUGACGAGGAGCUUCAAAGGGGAAAGACUAUCUCUACUGAGCUACUCGAUGUGAUUCGUGGAUCAAGAAUUUCCAUUGUGAUUUUCUCCGAAGGCUAUGCUUCAUCUAGGUGGUGCCUUGAUGAACUUGUGCAGAUCGUGGACUGUAAGAAUACCAUUGGCCACACUCUUCUUCCCAUAUUUUAUCACGUGGACCCUUCGGAUGUCCGAAAUCAGACUGGCACUUUUGCGGAAGCCUUUGCUAGGCAUGAAAAGCGAUUUCAAAGCGAUAUGGAGAGGGUGCAGAGGUGGAGAGUAGCUCUUACCGAUGCUGCGAAUUGUUCCGGCUGGGAUCUCGAGAGCGUUUCAAAUGGGUAUGAAUCAAGCUUUAUUGAGAAUAUUGUGGCACAUGUUUCCUGUGAAGUGGAACCCAUUGGCUUGAAUGUUGCCAGACAUCCAGUAGGAAUAAAUUAUCGUGUUAAUCAGGUUAAAGAUCUGUUAAAUCUUGGAACAAGUGACGUUCUCAUUGUAGGCAUUUACGGGAUGGGUGGAAUUGGUAAAACAACAUUGGCAAAAGCUGUCUAUAACCAAAUAUGUUAUAGAUUUGAAGGAAGUAGUUUUUUAAACAUUAAAGAAAUUUCAAAAGAGCCUAAUUGUUUAGUUGGUUUGCAAGAACAACUUCUUUCUGAUAUAUUAAAAAUGAAAAAUUUGAAGAUAAACAAUGUUGAUCGAGGAAUAAAUUUGAUUGAGAAAAGAAUUCUUGGAAAAAGAGUUCUUGUUGUUCUUGAUGAUGUGGAUGACUGGAAACAAUUACACGCAUUAGUUGAAAAGCAAUGGUUUGGUUCGGGAAGUAGAAUCAUUGUAACAACUAGAGAUGAACAUGUGCUAAGUCAAUUGGGAGCAGAUAAAAAAUAUAAAGUCAGUGGAUUGAAUUGGUGGGAGUCUCUUAAACUAUUCAGUUGGCAUGCCUUCGAUAUGGCCGAUCCAAAAAGAGAUUACAUGGAGCUUUUGAUUGAAGCAAUGGCUUAUGCUAGAGGACUUCCAUUAGCUCUUGUGGUUUUGGGUUCUUUUCUUAAAGACAAAAGUAUUGAUGAAUGGAAAAGUGAAUUACAAAAAUUACGAAGAACUCCUUAUGACACGAUUCAAAAAAUACUUCAAAUAAGUUUUGAUUCACUAGAUGAGUAUACAAAGGACAUAUUCCUUGAUAUUGCAUGUUUCUUUGUCGGCAUGGAUGAAAAAUAUGUCAUCAAAGUACUUGAUGGCUGUGGUUUCUUUCCAGAUGUUGGUAUCAAAAUUCUCAUUCAAAGAUCCCUCGUUACAAUUGAUGACAGAAAUAGUUUGAGAAUGCAUGCUCUUAUUCAAGAUAUGGGAAGGGAAAUUAUUCAGAAAAAGUCACCCAAAUUUCCAGGAAAGCGUUGUAGAUUGUGGUUUCACGAGGAUGUAUUAAAUGUAUUACGCGAACGUACGGUAAGAGGCACAUAA